CCUCGGUAUAAAGCGGAGGUGAGACCGCAGCUGCCGCAGUCCAGAGUUCAAACAGCAGCAGUUUAGUUUUCUUUUAGCACAGAAAGCAGACAGAACAGUUCGGACCCGAAACCCGUUUCUCCUCCCACACAGCGGUUCGUUUUUUCUUCCUCCAGGAGUUGUCGCUGUUUUGGAUUUUACGCGCAGACUACUAAGCAUCGGGCUGCGGCGCUCCGACAUGGCGCAUUUGUUCCUACCGUGGCUCCUGCUGGCCGUGUCGGCCCAGACGGUUCUCACACAACCCCCAACCAAGGCGGUAUUCGAGCUGAAGGUCCACUCCUUCAACAGCUCCCGCAGCAUCUGCCGCCAGUCCCAGGACUGCCGCAUCUUUUUCCGCAUGUGCCUCAAACAUUCGCAGAGCAUCAUCAACCCAGAGCCGCCGUGCACGUACGGGAACGCGAGCACCGACGCGCUCAGCGCAGACUCCAUCUCCAUCUCCGAGAGCGCGCCCAUGAAGGUGAACGUUUCAUUUAAGUGGCCGGGCUCCUUCUCCCUGAUCCUGGAGGCCUGGAUCACAGACUCUUCAGGUUUAAAGUCCACAGGAGACCAGAACAACCUCCUCAGCCGUGUGGCGAGCCUCCACAGGCAGACCGUUGGGGACCAGUGGUCCCAGUAUGUGCACCAGGGCGACCAGAGCAAGCUAGGCUUCUCCUAUCGGGUGGUCUGCAUCGAGAACUACCACGGUGAGGACUGCUCAGCCUACUGCCGGCCCCGGAACGACACCUUCGGCCACUUCCACUGUGACAGCGAGGGGAGCCGCCACUGCCUGGAGGGCUGGAGUGGACAAUACUGCACGGACCCCAUCUGUGCAGGAGGCUGUGGCGAAGACCGCGGCAUUUGCGAGUCACCCGGGAAGUGCAAGUGCCACGAGGGCUGGGAGGGGAAGCACUGCGACAUGUGCAAGCGGCACCCGGGCUGCCUCCAUGGGACCUGCCAGCAGCCCUGGCAGUGCAACUGCAAGGAGGGCUGGGGAGGCCUGUACUGCAACCAAGACCUGAACUACUGCACCAACCACCGGCCGUGCCAGAACCAAGCCUCGUGCACCAACACGGGUGAGGGAAGCUACACCUGCACAUGCCGACCCGGCUUCUUGGGCUUGAACUGCGAGAUCGAGACCAACGAGUGCGACAGCAACCCAUGCAGGAACGGAGGAAGCUGCAAGGAUCUGUUGAAUGGUUUUUCCUGCGCAUGCCCUCAGGGCUUCUACGGGAAGAACUGCGAGAUCAGCGCCAUGAGAUGCGCAGACGGGCCAUGCUUUAACGGAGGAACCUGCGUGGAGGCCGACACCGGCGGGUACAGCUGCCGUUGCCCAACUGGCUUUAUGGGGUCCAACUGCGAGAAGCGGAUGGACCGAUGCAGCAGCAGCCGCCCCUGUGCUAACGGUGCUCAGUGUCUGGACCUUGGUAGCCGGGUCAUGUGCCGGUGUCGGCCAGGGUUCACUGGUGCUCGCUGUGAGACCAACAUCGAUGACUGCGCCAGCAACCCCUGCCACAACGCCGGCACGUGCAUGGAUGGCAUCAAUGACUUCACCUGCACAUGCACUCUAGGCUUCUCUGGCAAGGACUGCUUGGUGCGCAGGAGUCCCUGCGACUACUUACGCUGCAACAAUGGGGGCACGUGUUACACCCACUUCACCGGCCCCGUGUGUCAGUGUCCUUCAGGUUUCAUGGGUGCACGCUGUGAGUACUCCCUCACCAUUCCCUCUUCAAGACCUCCAGAAGGCGGAGACGGCUCUCCGGCGCUGAUCGCAGCCAUCGCACUUGGUCUGGUGACUAUGUCACUGCUGGUGUGCGCCGCCAUCCACCUCUUGCGUCAGCUCCGCCGGGGCAGGCAGCUAGCAGCCAUCUCGAGGUCGGUAAAAAAUGACCUGGAGACAGUGAACAACCGCAAUGCUGUGAUUGGUGGGGGUGGACCCAACAACGGGAGUUUAAUGGGAGUGUCACUGUGCAGCCUGAAGGAGAAGGAGGCCUUUCUUCUCCCCGGAGGUCCAUUUAAAGUGUCCAACAAGGAUGCAGAGCUGGCAGAGAAGAGCAGCGACAUGUCCAUGUUCAAAAACAAAAUGGCCGACUGUAACCUGGUUAAAGAGGAGCACCGCCUGGAGAAGAACAAGUUUGACCCAAACUGUCAGAAACACGACUCCUCCAUCAUCAUCCCACCUCUCAGUUUUGCGAAGGACGGUCUGUAUCAUCCGCUGUUCAUCAUCCCCGAGCCCGUGGAUCAGUGUGUGUUUGCCACAGAGGUAUAACCUUGAGUUUUCAGACCACCAGCGGAGGAGCUUUCAUGCUGGAGGGCAAAACAACAACAGGAUCUAAUCUACACACACGUUUAUAUUUAAUAUUUAUUACUGCUGCUCAAUGGAAACAAACAAACACCACAAAGACUGUUAUUCUGCUUCGAUAGUGACAAUGUUCGGAUGACAAUGAGAGAAGAAGAAAACCUGAAUGUCCCGCGUCAUUUGCACUAUUUAUCUUUUUUAUACUUUAAAAUCUAAAUUUAACUUCUUUGCUUUCUUUGAACAUGAACAAAAGUAGAAAUUGUCCUUCAAUCAGAAAAUCCUUUUUGACAAGAACAAUCAAAUAAUCACAUCACCUGUCUGAUGUUACAGGAGUUGAAACUGUGUUUGAACAAUCUGGACUUUAUAACGAGUCGUUUUAAGUGACUCUGAAUGUUUUCUGAUUGCUUUCUUCUGGAAUCAGUUAUCCCAUGUGGCCUGUUGGAAAAACACCAACACUGACCUCACAAUCACUGUACAAACCGGAAAACCUGCAAGUGUCUUAUAAAAAAGCAGCUAAAGGACGUAAAACAGCAGAAUUGCAGAGUUUAGUAUAAACUGGAUUUGUUUUUAACUGCAACAGGUGUUCAGUUUUUGUUUUCUCGUCUGGUAACCAAACAUCCACCAGACCUGAGAAAUCCCUCUGCUUUAAAUCCUUCUUCAAGUUCGGAACUAUCCUGAACUUCUCCAGAUCUCCUAUCCGAGAGUUUAUUCUAACUCUCCCAGAUAGUACAAUCUAUGAACUCAUGAACAGAUAAUCAAAGACGUGUUGACAAUAUUAAGAUGUGAUAGAAAGCUCUGCAGGGAUCCAAUUUCUUUGCUCCUUUUUUCUUCCAGUGAUCAUCCCAGGUCUUUUCCCACACCUGCACAGGGCUGUUUAUAGAAUCAAGAGGAAAACUUGCCUUUUUACUGCCUUUUAUAUUUUUACCUGCUACAGUAAGACCUAUUAGAUAGUAAACAUGUUCAGUUUAAAUAGCUAUGGUGUUUUUUAUAUUUGGUGUGCCAGUCAAGAUCUCCAAGGGGAGGUUUUUGUUUUUUUCUAAAUACUACAUUUGAAACCAAAAAGUUGUAUUUCCUGUGCAGUCAUGCUGUAAUUUAAACAGAAAACAAUGCAAUGUGUACAUAUCAUCCAGAUGACAGUUUUCCUAUUUAAUUUUGUCUGUUGUAAAUAAUUUUGUAUUUAAGGAAGAGAAUUGUAUAUAUGUUAUUUCUAAUGUUUCAGUCAGAAUCAAGAAAUAUAUAUUUUUUUCAUAAAUGAAUCAGAAAAUA